AGCCUGUCCGUCCUAUCUUCCCACUCACAGAUACCGUUGUUCCCAAAGCUCACAGCGCCACCAACAACCACACACCGCUACUACACCCGUUGCCCAAGAUCGGAGGCUCCAUGGCGCCCUCACGCAGAGCGGGCCGGCUCCUCUUCCUCCCCCUCGCGCUGGUGCACCUCCUCUCCUCCUGCCCGCACACCACCAGCGGCGCGCCCAACACGGCACCGCUCUCCGUGCUCUGCAACGGCGCGGUGUACGGCGCCGGGGACCCCUUCGCGGAGAGCCUCGCCUACGUGCUGGCCGACCUGCUGGCCGCCACGCCGCAGUCCCGCGCCCGCGACGCGUACACCAUCUCCCCGUACCCGAACGCGUUCGCCUACGGCCACGCCGCGUGCCGCGCCGGUCUGACGGGCGUGGACUGCGCGAGCUGCCUCGGCUCCGCCGUCAGCCAGAUGAACGCCACCUGUGGCCACGCCGUCGGUGCGAGGGCCGUGCUCGUGGAUUGCAGCGUACGGUACGAGCAGUACGCCUUCGUGGCUUAGCUACCGCCCGGCCGGCCGGCCGGCGUCCUCUCCCUGUGUUGGCACGUCCGCGUAGGUGUGUGUAGCCUAUGGUUUGGCUGAUGGAAAUUUGGGCUGCCGAUUCAGUUUAAGAUUCUACGGUGAAACAUGUGUUGUUCCGUUUUGCUCUGCACACAUGUGUUCUAGUGUUUGUGUCCCAAUUUGUAUUCUGUUGUUUUUCUUCUCAAA